UUCCACUUCGUUAGGGAAAAGGACUAAGAUGCCAUAGUUAUCAGAUCGGCUACUUUUUGUGGGGUAAGUAUUUCUUGUUCCUGCAGGGAUGUGCAUAUAGCGGUAUGUAUUCGGUAAAAAUUUAUUAUAGAAUAGUAUUGGAACUUUUAUUAGAACCACAAACUGAAAAUAUUUUCACUUGUUUUUUUGCAUUAGGAUCUGAGAAAUUGUUUGAAACGAUAUUUAGAGAAAAUGUUUUCCAGGACUGUAAAUUGUUCUCUGUUGCAUAUAAUAUUGCAUGUGUGGCGACCGCUGUUCCGUAGAAAUGUGAAAAAUGCAACUAUAGGUCGUCUGGUAUAGGAAUCGAACCUGCUGCCGUGCGACUUUGGUUCAGCGCUCUAAUCAACUGAGUCCAGUUGACAAGCAUUAACCACCGUUCUUAUAUAUGUAUAUAUAAUGGGUGAUGCCAGUUUAAGGUAUGGGUAACUAUUGAAGAUUUGGGUAUCUUUCUCGAUAGAACUAACAGUUGAAGGGUUUUGGAGAUGGAAAUUUCAAACGGAAAUUCUAUCGAGCGUGAUGCCUGAAGUCUUCAUAUUUGCCCAGAUUAUACGGCAAAUCCCUAUCUUGAGUGAAAUAUAUAGAGGAUAUUACACGGCGGCGCGAAGAUAUGAUUUUUAUCUUCGAGUGGUGAAAACAAUAUUUUGCGACCGAGCGCAGCGAGUGAGUAAAAUAUUGUUUUUGACACGAGAAGAUAAAAUUCAUAUCUUCAAGCCACCGUGUAAUGUUCUGUUUAUUAUAUAGUCCCAAGCAAAAAAUUGUAUAAAUACUAAAAGUCACGUGAUCGAUAUCGUCGCUAGUGAAGACAUGGAAAAUAUGUCACUGUGUAUUUCUCAGUAUCUCACUCUACUAUAUAAUAAAUGGUCACCUUGAAGUUGACAACCCUCCCCUUCUUACCCCAUUUUUAAAGUUUAGCAAGUUUCUUCCGCAUUUUUUGUCCUAGGCUACAUAUUGCUGUUGUCGCUGUUAUCUGUUACCUUUUUUGUUCUUUACUUAUUGACACUUGAUCCCGUUCAAAAUUUGGUUAUGAACUACGUGAAAAGAGGAGGGUAAGUGAUACUCUGUAUUAUGUACGUAACAGUGGCGUGCUGGGUACUAUUUUUCUGGGGGGGCCAGUCGGCUGGCAACUAAUAUGCGCCCCUAUAAUAUUACCCUUGAUAAACGAGGGCCGAAGACACGAGCCGAGCGCCGCAGGUGCGAGGUUUGUCAAGGGGGGUCCGGGGGCAUGCCCCCCAGGAAAAUUUUUGAAUUUAGAGUCUCUGAAAUGCCAUUUCCUGGAAUUUGGGGGAAGAUUUGACAGAAAUCUGAUGGUCAGGAAACGGCAUUACAACGUGUCGAAAUUUGAAAAUUGGUUAGAAUUUAGUAGUAGCACUUAAAUUGGGCAAUGCUAAUCCCAAUUCUAUUCUCUACUGAUCUGAAUACAUUUACAACUUACAGCUCUUUUAUACAAUAACACACGUACCCCACGCAUAUGCAUUUUAAGGUUUCCUUGCCUGGCUGCCAAAAGGGCGUGUUUCAUCAUUAUCUCAUUACUUACAUUACUCAUAAGGUCUCUUGCGCAAACAAUUAAAUUGCGUACACAACUUUACAUUAUCAUACUUCAACUAUCUAAUUUGCGCCGCUCUCGUGAUUCGUGAAGCAUAAUAAAGGGCAUAAUAUAAGGGUAUAAUACCAGCAAAAAAGGGCAUAAUUCCCGUGAUCGCUUCGAAGCCUGAUCAAUAUUCCGGUAAUGAGACAUUGCGUGUGAUCACUGAUCAUGUUUCUAUAUGAACGAGUGAUUUCGUGGCGUGGCCCCCCGCCCCCUGCCAGCACGCCACUGGUACGUAAGGUAAGUGAUACGUUGAUAUGUACGAUGAGCUUUUUUCUGUAAUUUUUUGUUCAAAUCGCAACGAAGAGCUGUUAAAGUACACCUCCUUCCAAUUUUUAAAAAUUGGAUCUGGUUACUAAUGUGUGACGGAAAAUCCAGACAACAACAAGGAGCGAGACGGUGUUAUACAGUUGAUUUCAUGUAACUUUUCCGUGAAUGUUGCGAACUUCGUUCCGAACUUCGUUGUGAAGUUCAAAAGUUCAUACUGAAAUUCACAAGCCCGUAUGUAAACAAAGCCUCUGAUUGGUCCCUUAACAAAAAUAAGCCAAUUAGAGGCUUUGUUUACAUACGGGCUUGUGAAUUUCAUUAUGAACUUUUGAACUUCACAACGAAGUUCGGAACGAAGUUCGCAACAUUCACGGAAAAGUUAUGAAAUCAACUGUAAUACGGAGCUUUAGAUUUGACUACGAGUACGAGAUUUGAUCCAGUGGCGUAACUACUACGGGCUCAGACCGGGUGAACCCGGGGGCCCCAACCCAAAUGGGGGCCCCCAGGCUUAGCCGAUAGGGCUAAAACAUUGGCCAGGGCAUCUGAUAUGUUACAAUGUCGUUUUAUGACCAUCAGAAUUCUGUAAAAUCUCUCCCCAAAGUCCAGGAAAUGGCAUUUCAGAGAGUCUAGAUUCAAAAAUUUUCCGGAUGACCAUGCCCUGGACCCCCUAGAAAACUCGUGCAUAUACGGCGCUCGACUCGUGCCUUUGGCACCUCUACCAGGGGGGCCUUCGGAAAUUUUGAACCGGGAGCCCCCUGAUAUAACGUUACGCCACUGAUUUGAUCGCGUGCGAGGAAAUUACCGUAGUCGUUUUCGUUUCCAUUCAAAUGUUGCUUUUAUAGCAGUAAACCAACAACGAGAGAAAAAGUUUCAUAAACUAAAUCUCCUGCAGACUAAACUCCUCUACAAACCGUGUAAAUAAGUCAUAACAUUAAAAACAGGCCAGAUAUUUAGUACUAAUAUAUUAUUUGCGCCGGAUAAACGCUAUAUAAAUGCUGCAAAUUAUUUUCGGAAAACAAAAAAAGCCAACUUUCUUUGUUUUUUUUUUGAAAAGUCGUCGUGAGGACUACGAGAUUUCUCCACAAUUUCGUACUCUGAUUGGCGACGGCUACGACUUUUUCGCGUCAGUACGGGAUGGCGUAAGCAUACAGCAUGCAGUUUCGCUUGACGAAUCUCGUAGUCAAAUGUAAACCUCCCUAAUAUUAAUAUAAGGUGCGACUGUAUAAGGUGCUACAGUACACCACUGAAUAGAUGGCUAUACUCAGACUACAGAGUAUACAAAAGCCUGUAAUACUAUGUGCUGAAUUGAAACCUGAUACAGCACGUGCGUGGUUCGCCUAAGUAUAGAAAUGAUUAUAGGGUUCAGAGGACAUGGUGGAAAAGACGGAGUAUGGAGUGCGGAAUACGGAGUCUUUCAAAACAGUUUAUUUUUCCUAGAUUUUUUUAAUGAGACUCCGCGUUUUCCACUUUCUGCCCCCAUACACUUGCAUUGUCUUUCUCAAUUCGAAACUUUGCACUAUCCUUGCAUCCCUAGGCCAAAUAAAAAUAAUAGUUGGUUUCAGGUUUCCGACCGACCUGUCAAUAAUAUGACCGACCAAAAACAUUUUAUUGACAUUUAAACGUUUAGACUGAAGUACUGAACAUUGUUGAUAUUAAAUAUUUAGUUGUUGCUCGUUUCCUUGCAUGUCAAGUUUUAUAUGUAUGCAGGUGAAAACUUGAUGUAAAAACAAUAAAAACUAAGAGCUGGAGUUUAUAAUGAGUUUUAACUUAUAUUUAUCGCAUAUUUGAGAUAAAAUACUUUUUUAAAAUAAAAUGUUUUUCCGACCUACCUACCCACAUAAAACAUGGCUGUGAAACCUGAAACCAACUAUUAUUUUUAUUUGGCCCUAUAUAUUCAUUCUCGUUUUUCUUCUCGAUUUUCGUUUGUUGGUACAGUAUAUUUUCAGUCCAGCUAUGUUAGGAAGUCAUUUUCUUCCUGAAAUGGCGGCUCCCAUCGCUAAUAAUUCUGUUCAAUAUUUUAGUGUUUACUUGAUUGUGGCUAUUUUUUCUUGGUUGUCCUUGCGCAUAAUUACGCUGAUAUUCCGAGAUAACAGUUACUCUAAAGACGUUAUAUCUAUAAAUAACAGGUGUGUCUAAUUUCAUUAAAUAAAAAUGGGUAGAUAUUUCAAAUAUUUAAUACUGUAUGUUUGGUUUGUGUACGUACACAUGAUUCGCUUUUAAACGAUGUGUUGUAAUGUGAAUUUGAAACAAUUAUCAGUUCUCUCUAGAGUAUCACACUAAAUUGAAUUGAAUAGACCUUUCCCCUUAUAAUAAAAAUUUUGAUCUAGGCAAGUCUAGAGAAAUGUUUCAUCACAGCUUGAAAGAGCAUCACAAAAUUAGUAAUAUUCCAAAGUUUCGUUGCGAAAUGUUGUAAAAUGAGGAAAAUAGAGCCUUGCAAACUUUGCAAUUUUCAGUCAUUUUGCAUUACAAACGGGAAAUUGCAGCCCCAACACCCGAAUCGGAUGUCAAUUUCCCGUUUGUAAUACAAAAUGACUGAAAAACGGCAAACUUCGCAAGGCUAUAUUAUGGAAUAUUACUAAUUUUGUGAUGCUCUUUCAAGCUGUGAUGAAAUUUUUGUCUACAUCGAAAUUUUAGUUAUAAGGGGAAAGAUCCAUUGAAUUGAAUUGAAUGUUACUUCAGGUGGAAUUCUAAAGUAACUUUAUAGUUAACCUAAGAGUCAAAACUCUUUCCCUUAGAGGUCCAGUAAGGAUCAUAUAUACCAUAUUGGUCCUGUGCCACUGUCAGUUUCGGAGUGAUGCUAAGCUAAACGUUGUAUUGGAUGGCUUUAUCACUUGAACACUUCUGAUCUGUUUUCCCUAACGAUCAUGCCAAACUGGUUGAGUGCUACUUCAGAAAGAUCCAAAACUUUUAUAUUUGAUAGUUGUAUCAGUUUAUUAAACUGUUCUCCCUAGAGGUCCAGCAAAGUCAUACUGGUCUGGUUCUAAACUAACGUUAUACUGUUGGUUGGAACUAUUGGUUCAUUGUUGUUACCGGAGGAAACUUAAACUAAACUAUCUUAUACCUAAUAACUUCACCAGUUCUAAACUGUUUUUCCUAGACGUCCAGUAAGGACCAUCCUACAUUGAUCCUGUGUUAUUACAGGAGGAAACUGAUGUAUAAUCAGCAUAUUGUAGAAAUCGAAUCUCACUUGCAAAAAGUGAAACGCUACGAACAAUCUCUUAGGGCCUGUUUAUAUGAUCCCGGCCAGGCGGGACGGGAUGCUUACCGAGAUCCCGCUCGUAAUACAAAUUCUAAAGAGUAUUUAUAUGAUCCCGUCACUUAUCCCGCCUAGACGGGAUCUCGGCAACAGAUGCCGGGAUCUCGCCUAAGCGAGAUGAAAAAUUCCCAUAUAAACGCUUCAUCGCCUAGCCGAGACGAGAAAUUUCCAUGUAAACACUUCAUCCCGGCUAGGCGGGAUGAACUUUUCCCUUUUGAGCAUGCGUAAAAGCCUUUAUUGCAACAAAAAUAUGACGUCAAGCACUUAAAUGGCUUCAUCCCGGUAAUGUAUUUUGUAAUGUAUUUUGUCCAUAUAAACACUAGGCGAGUUUCCCGUCUGGGCGAAUUUAGGCGGGAUGAAAACGUCCUGUCCCGUCUAGGCGGGAUCAUAUAAACAGGCCCUUAGUAAAGUUUGAUUUGUUCCUCCAGAAAUGUAUACAUGGUGUUCUCGUAUUUUUGGUUUUUCAUUGGACUUCCCAUGGGUUUCUUCUCCGCCAUAUUACGGAUUCUGAAGGCAAUGGCCGUUGGCGCUCUGAUGUUGCCAAGAGUUGAUCAUAGUGUCAUGCCUGAUGGUUUUCAACGGCUUGAUCGAGGUACUCAACUUUAAUUAAUAUAGUUGUGACGAAUUUUCUAAAUCCAAUUGACUGAAAUAUCGGUAAAUGAAUAAAUAUGUAAAUAUAAAUUAUAUUAUAAAUUAAAGUAAAUAUAAAUUAAAUAUAAAUUAAUAAAUAUGUAAAGAUAAUAGUAUACAAUUUAAUUUUUUACCUUUAUAUAGACAUUUUCAUUAAGCUAUUUUAUCGUAACCUAAAUUGAUGUACUUUAUUACCCUGUUAUUCAAUUAUUUGCCAGAGGGUUUUGAUGAUAGUAAUAAUAAUAAUAAAAUAAAUUUCCAUAUCCGUGUAUAACUAUAGUUUUGAAAAUCCAAAUGUUCUCCAUGCCAAAAUAAUAAUAAUAAAAUAAAUUUCCAUAUCGGUGUAUAACUAUAGUUUUGAAAAUCCAAAUGUUCUCCAUGCCAUCCAAUCAAUCAUUGUUUUGACCUACAAUAGUUUAUACCAUUUUUGCCAAGGACCUAUUGGGUUGUGGCGUCAUCCGUCAUGCAUUAAUACUUACCAUAUACAUUGAUAACAUCUUUGAAUAUGACUUUAUGUUGAAUUUAUAUCGAUACAUUCUGGUCACAUAGUUGUGUUACAAUAAAUUGAAAUCCAAAAUAUUUUUAAAUUUAAAAUAUAUUUUAUAAAGUUAUAAUACAAAUACCAAUAAUAUUGGCAACAAAAAUACCGAUAUUUUGAAUUCAUGACCGAUAUGGAUAAUUCAAAACAAUGAAAAGACAAUGGCACAGAAAAGAUACUAGACUAGAAGUGUGACCACUGGAGCGCUAACUGCAUGCAGGUAAACAUGCCCAUACUUGCCCGAAGCCAAGAUGGCGCCUCUCGCAAGCUCGGCGAGCAAUAAAUUAACUUUCAAAAGGACUGGGGAGAGUUUCUAGGAGCGGGAAAUUCAGUCAAAAGUUUGUUUUUGAGCGAAAAUCAGCAAGAAAAAGCAUUUUUUUAUCGAAAGUCUUCAACUUUAAAGAUUCAAACCUGGUUUGCUGGAUAGUUCUAAGUAUUUUACAUCCACUAACAGCAAAAACGUCCUGGGUAACAGCUUGAUAUUCAAAAUAUUACACAAGUGAGUGUGACUCAGACGAUAUUUCGUGCGAAAUUUUACGUGCUGACGUGCCAAAUACGCCAUCAUAUGACGCCAUCCUGGAGUGCACACGGAAGUUUUUCAUGGGUACAAACAUAGGUACAAAGUGCCGUGUGCAUUCCCGGAUGGCGUCAUAGCACGUAAAAAUUUCAGACGUUUUUCCCAAGCCAAAACACAUAGGAGUGACACUUCUGGUCUAGCAUCUAUUCUGUGACAAUGGAACAAUCCGAUCACUGAUUCAUUGGAUAGCAGUGUUAUUAUACUUAGCUUCUGUUUAUGUGCCAGAGUCGAGACCAUGUCAAAGAGAUAUGUGUAACACAUGCAGUUUCGAUAUACAGCUAAAUUCAGUUAAGUUUUUUUUUCAAACUUAAAACUGCAAAACCUGGACUUCUAAGCAUAUAAGCAUCGCCAUUGAAUUUUUCGCGCGUAGAGUUGUGAUGUUAACGUUAAGUUGAGACUGAUUUAAGGAUCCUGAAGGGGUAAAAGGAAACUGGGAUUUGCGUAGUUUUGGAUUGGGAAAAUGAGAUUUGGGUUGCUGGGAAUGAAAGACACAAAAAUGGGAAAACCCAAAUACCAUUAUAAAGACAGUCGUAUAUAGUUUGACAUUUCAGAGUGAAAUAACUUUACGAACAGCUACAGAGCAAUUUUUGUAGAGAGUUUGUCUAAAAAAAGUCCAGGAAAACUGAAUUUAAUCGACUUAUGGCUCAAUGCAUGAGGUCAUUUUUCUGCUAUUGAAGUCAUUCAGUCACAUACUUUUUUUCUCGGCAAAACUAGUUCUAAAGAGUAAAGUGAGUAAAGAGGGCAAUUGAACGCAGAAUUGUGUUUAAAAGUCGUUGCAUAGAUGAGCCGCCUGCUCUGAGUUUUCUUUCAAUUUCACAGUGGGAGUGGGAUUUUAUCUGAAAAAGAGCUGGGAAUGGACCAUUUGCAUUAUUAUAGACUAAAUUUUGAUCUAGACAAAAAUUUCAUCACAGCUUGAAAGAGCAUCACAAAAUUAGUAAUAUUCCAAAGUUUCGUUGCGAAAUGUUGUAAAAUGCGGAUGAUAUAGCUUUGCGAAAUUUGCAAUUUUCAGUCAUUUUGUAUUACAAACGGGAAAUUGAUGCCCCAACACCCGAUUGGGCUGUCAAUUUCCCGUGCGUAAUAGAAAAAGACUGAAAAACGGCAAACUUCGCAUGACUAUAAUAUCCGCAUUUUACAACAUUUCGCAACGAAACUUUGGAAUAUUACUGAUUUUGUGAUGCCCUGUCAAGCUGUGAUGAAAUUUUUGUCUAGAUCAAAAUUUAGUCUAUAAUGCAAAUGGUCCAUUGGGAUUUAGAGAAAAUUUGGGCUGGGAAAAUGGAAUCUAGACCACCCACCCCCUUCAGGACCCUCUGGUUUUCUGAUAGCACCAAAACUACAAGGCAGAUCCAGAAUAUUUUACAUCUAACUGCUCCUUCCCCCGGAAAGCAUCAGCCCCCGUAUGCGUAUACUAACACACCAAUUAUGAGAGCAUAUACAUGGUUUGUACUGUAUCUAUAUAAGUAACUUUUUUUAAAGGUUUCAAUGCGUACAUCUGUUAUCUUCACGUGGAAACAGCUUAUAGAAACCCAGUCCUUCGAGUUUUCUGUCAAAUGCUGGUCGAUGAAACACGUAAGUGUUGAUUCAUUGAGAGUACGGAUUUUUAAAUUGCAGAAUUUUAUAAAUUUAUUGCAAAAACCGCAGAUGCUUCUUCUCGCCCCCCCCCCCCCUUCCCCCAAAAAGUGUCUUGUUUCCGUGUCAAAACAAUCAUAAAUGUGACUACAUUCCUGCACCUAUUACUGCUAAAAUCAACCUAUUAUUAGUUAGUCUCAGAAUUUUUUGGCAAUCUAUAAAAAGCUGACAAUACAAGACGGCACUGUUUGUAACUGUUUUUUUUUUUUGUUUUUUUUGCACAUGUUUCGAUUCACAUUAAUAGACAGCACUUCCCAAUAUUACCCAAUGUAUGGCAUGCACUUGCUAUGGUAACCCUCCUAUCAGUCAGCCUAAAAUCGUGACGUGCAUGAUCAUUGAUACAAAAAAUGAAGCCAAUGGUGAAUCGUAAUGUGUGCGUCUCAGCAAAUCGUCAAAUAAGCCCUCCCCAAACAAGCUCCCCUGUCCAAUUAUUAUAAGAAUAAAUGAUAGAAAUCAUCUUUUUAAAGUGCAAUGGACCUUUCACCUUUUGACUAAAAUUUUGAUCUCAAAUUUUGAUCGUUGCGAAAUGUUGUAAAAUGCGGAUAAUAUAGCCUUGCGAAGUUUGCAAUUUUCAGUCAUAUUGUGUUACGCGCAUACCCUUUUCCGAAGGAGGUAUAUGUAUUUCCCGCUAUAAUACAAUAUGACUGAAAAUUGCAAACUUCGCAAGCCUUAGGCUAUAUUAUCCGCAUUUUACGACAUUUCGCAACGAAACUUUGGAAUAUUACUAAUUUUGUGAUGCUCUUUCAAGUUGUGAUGAAAUUUUUGUCUAGACUUGUUGAGAUCUAAAUUUUAGUCAAAAGGUGAAAGGUCCAUUCGUUGACUGUGAUCACUUUUGUUACAGAAAACAAUCCACGAAACGUGCAAACAUUAGGUACGUAUUUACCUUCAAUGUUUUUUUAUUAAAGCGAAAAAUAUACCAAGCCUCCCCCCCCCCCUUUCUGUUAAAAUUGCCUUCCCUCCUUCAUAGAAUAUUUGGUUAUUACAUCAUAGGAAUCAACAGGGUACGAAAAUGGACAUUUUCAGCUCAGGCCCGGGCCAGGUGGUUUCUCGCCCUUACCUUGGCCCGCAACCCACAACUCGCAUCAGAUCGUAAACCUGAUGUUCAGGCACCUCAACCUGCUCAGGCUGCCAGAUAUGGCGAUGUCAUGAUUGAAAUUGAUCAAUUUUGCGCUGAUAAUACUGCAUUAAUACAAGAUAAGUGAACUAUAUAUAGUUAGUUUCCAAAGUUAAAGAGGAGACUGGGAUAUAGUCGCUAAAUACCUAUACCUAAUAUAAACACUGUAGCAAUUAAUACACCAGGCGGAAAUCUUAGUUUAAAGAUAAAGAGCAGAGCCCAGCAAAUAACUUUAAAUCCAAUCAUAAUAAAAGUAAAAAAAAAUAUUAGUUAACGUUUCGUUGUUUACAAUACAACAUCUUCAGAGCAAUCUCGAAUUUACAGGGUAUGGUAUAUAUAUUUACAAAAGAAUGGUUUAACAUUACAAAACGGUUACAAAGUUUGAAAGAACAAAUGAAUAGAAAGAAAGGAAACAACUUAUCAGUGACUAGUUAAUAAGUAAAGAUUAAUGUUAAGUGCAUGGUUAGUAUAUAUAGUUAAGGUUAAUAUUACAUAACUAAAAUAACUCGGAAAGAAAGAAAGAAAGAUUUAUUAUGCACAUGAUAUUAGUAUUUACAAAUUAUCUGUUGAGAUUAUAGAACUUAAGAAUUAUUACAUAAUGAUGUUAUUAUAAAUUUAGAUUGGAUGUGCGCAGUAGGCUAGAUCUAAUAUUAGCAUUAAGGACAGGGUUAAAUUGAGAAAUUAACGAUGGAUGUGCGCAGGGCUAGGUCUAAUAUUAGCAUUAAGGACAGGGUUAUAAGUUGAGAAAUUAAUAGGCUUUCACGGAUAUAAGAAGAUCCCAUGUUAUUAUGUUUGGCUUUAAAGUUAUUUGCUGGGCUCUGCUCUUUAUCUUUAAACUAAUAUGAACACGUUUUGUAAUUGGCUUUCUGUCACAAAAGUGACCAGUGUUUAUGAUUCGUUCUUUAGAAAUAUAAUUUCUAUAGUUCUCGUAAUCAACCGAUCACAAAGCCAGUUCAUAUAUAGGUAGGUAGGGACCAACGAUGUUACUGUAAUAUAUCUUUAAUAAUUGGUUGAUUUUACUAAUGAUGAUUUGAUGUUAAAGCUGUUGAUCUGUAUUAAAUCUUGACAUUUAUUUUAGGCUGCUUGUUUAAACUUUUCAAAAUGAUUUUUUCGCCAAUGAUUAAAAAAUGCUUGUCAUGAUCACAUUCGUAAUAAUAUCGAUGAAGUAAAUAUCAAUUCUAUGAAUAGCACUUUUUUGAACGUAGAGCUUUACAUUUACAUUUACAUACUUUAUUGUGUUCCCUAAAUAGGGAUUUUCAACACUGAUUUACAAAAAAUAAAUGUUGUUCUAUUUACAAGUUUUAGAAUCUAGAAUUUAAAUUAAGGUAAAAAGAUAAGACAUUUGUAUAAAGUUUAACAAGGUAAAAUUAUCUACUUAUAUAUUUGUUCUAG